UGUGGGCUUGUGGCUACUGUUAUGCUAGCAGUCAGAACCAUGAUUGUGCUGCUCUUUUGCUGUUCUAUUCAUCAGGCAUUCUGCAGCGGAUGUUUUACCGGUUUUAAUAUGAAACUAGCUGAUGAUCGAGAGACCACUGGGAAUCUGGAACACUGCAGCCUUUGUUGUUACCUGUCCGCUGCUAGUAUUUUGCUUCAAUACAUGUGCAUUGGCUUCUUUAAAUGGAAUCAGCCGGAUGACUCCUUGACCUUUUUUUUUCAAUGCCAGCACUACAGGUGAAGAGCAGCUGUUAGAGAGGAAGCAUCCACAGGCAAGUGAUGCGAUUAUACGCCGGAGAUGCAGAGCAGGGUCGCCGCCGCGAUCAGGUUGAUGAUGGCGCGGGGCCGCAGGGGUCCUCAAGUAGUCGCGCUUCAGCACGGCCGUGUACCGACUCCACCGGUGGCUGCGGUACUCCAUUGUUGGCGUGCCCUGGGGUCGAAGAGCGCACACCCGACGAGCCGUUUGAAGAACGCCGCCGGGGCCUCCUCGUUCGAGAGCAUGUCGUCGAGGUUCCCCGGCGCUGGAGCACGGCGACGUUGUUCACGAGGACCACGUAGCUCGUCAGGAUUCUAUCCUUCCGGUCCCUCUUGCAUGCUCCAACGCAAGAUGGUUCGCCAAGAGGAUCUUCACGCCGGCGUUGAUGGCCAGACGCGGGGUCUCCGUCGUGCCACCGCGGAACGUCACGUACUGGCUCCCCGUGCUGUUGGGCCGAACUGGGCCGAUCCUGCGAGCAGAGGAUCCGGUUCCCUGCAAACCGCAGCAAAAGAAAGAAAAAAAAUCAGGAACCCACCGCGUACAGUCCGAUCCAUGCCAUGUCGCAGCACGACGGCGCCGCCAUGGCCAUGGCGGCGGAUCCCGCCCCCUCCCCGUCUCCUCCUCCUCCACCGCCGGUGGAGUGGCCCGAGGACGGCUUGCUGACGCGGGACUGGGUGGCGGGGCUCACCUCGACGCUAGACUGGUGCUCGCGCCACCUCCCCGCGGACCGGCUCCCGUCCGUGCUCCCGGUGCCGUUCGUCCAGCGACUGGUCCUCGCCGCGGCCGCCAUCCUCCACCGCGAGCCCAACCUCGUCCGCGUCGACCCGCGGCCCGACCAGGCCGUCGUCGUCGUCGGGGACGUCCACGGCCAGCUCCACGACGUCAUCUUCCUGCUCCGGGACGCUGGGUUCCCCUCCGAGGAGCGGCUCUUCGUCUUCAAUGGGGAUUACGUGGAUCGCGGCGCCUGGGGGCUCGAGACUUUCCUCCUACUCCUGGCUUGGAAGGUAUUGCUUCCAAAUCGUGUUUUUCUUCUCAGGGGAAAUCACGAAUCCAAGUAUUGCACGUCAGUGUAUGGCUUCGAACAGGAGCGUCAAUAAUAGCAAGAUGCGUGUACACUGCUCAUGGAGGGAUUUUCCGUGGGAUGAUUGUGUUACCAUCAAAAAGAGCAAAAAAGGGAAAGAAAGGUCGUAAAUACAAGGCAGAUUCCGCUGUUGAUCCGACAUGUAUGAAGCUUGGAUUCUUGGACGAGUUAUUAAAAGCAAGGAGGACUGUUCUUGACCCUCCAUGGGAGGGUGCAAAUUUGAUUCCCGGAGAUGUACUUUGGUCCGACCCUUCCUUGGAGAUGGGCCUUUCACCGAAUAAAGAAAGAGGCAUCGGUUUGCUUUGGGGUCCAGAUAUUACCCAACUGUUUCUACGCACAAAUAAUUUGAAGUUAAUCAUCAGAUCACAUGAAGGUCCAGAUGCAAGAGACAAGCGGCACGAUCUCUUAGGAAUGGAGAAAGGGUACACAAUCGAUCAUGAUGUAGAAUGUGGGAAACUGAUAACUCUGUUCAGUGCUCCAGACUACCCACAAUUUCAGGCUUCAGAGGACCGAUACAACAAUUGUGGAUCAUAUAUUGUCCUUAAUCCGCCUGAUUUUGCUACCCCUGUUUUCCAUAGUUUUGAAGCAGUAAAGCCUCGACCUGCGGCACAUCCGUACUAUGAUUUUGAAGAAGUGAUUGACUCAGAUGAAGAGUUAAACUUAGGUGCCAUGGACAAUGGCUCAUCAAGCAGAUGACACAUCUUCUGCCCUGUAUCAUUGUAUUCGGCAUGCAAACUGUCACCAAGAGUGGAAUGGAAAGUGCCAUCCUGUUUUUGUUGUAAUUGAUGAUAACGUUUCAGAUUUUUGCAUAGCAUUUUGUCAUGUCUGCCAAGCU